AUGGAGAAGAUCACGAAGGUCUACUUUGACCCUUUGGUCACCACCAAAGCCCAGAUCGUCGCCCUUCUAGAGGAUCUUCCUGUUGGAUCAGCACAUCCAUUCAGCCCAGAAAAACUACUACUGUGCCGAACAGCCGGUGGAGUUGAGGAGAUCGAUAUUUCUUCGUAUGCGGAAGACCAUUUCUUCAAGGCCGUCGACUUAGGAGAAAUCGGCCAAACCCUGCAGUCACGCAUGACUAAGUUUUCUAAUCUGCUGCGUAUUUUCAAUGAUGAAUACACUGUUAUGCAAGCUCCAGCGUCAACUUUCGAAGUCCCCAUUGAUUCAGACAAGAUCGCCAUCCUCGCCGUUUCUGAGCGGUAUCCCACCUACUACGACUUAUGUGUGGCAGACUCUGCGUGCAAGACAACCUGCUAUGGCGCAACGCAUACCUUCCCUGGAAUCAAUCAUAGCGGAGAUAAGAACGAAGGAACAGACCUUCUCCAUCACAUGAAAAUUAGCGAGCAAUUACAGUCCGGCAAAGCAUUUGCUGUUUUCGUUUCUGGCUUCCAGUGCACCAAAUUGACCAGAUUUCAGGAGCGAAAUCCAGUGGUCAUGAUUGCGAACCAUGCAGAUAAGGCACUUUACAUUGUCCCAGUCCCACUAGAUGCAGCAUCAAUUGGAGAGGCAACCAUCUGUUCCCCGGUCGUAUUCAAGCGAGAAGGCACCUCGCUCAUCUGCUCUAUACUGCCAACUCCCACGACCGAUCAUAAUAAGAUGUGUUCGAGCUCUUCAUUGGAAAGUCCUUCAUUCAAGGAAGCUAUCCAGCGUGCUGAAUGGUCAAUCCCUGACCCCGUUCAUGCUCGUUCUCAGCUCCCAGCUUCGGAAUCAACAAUUUCAAUGGAUCUGGGCAUGCCACAAACGCCUCUCGCCUCCCAAAAGCCGAAUGUAGUUUUUUCGACGCUGACAACGGUACUUCCUUCAACGAUCGAUAAAGACAGCACUCAGUUUAUACACUUCGGUACAGGGUUGGAAUUCGUACAUGAUGGAAACGCUGCUUCGGAAAGCACUGCAUCGACAGUCGUUCUACCAUGUCUUUUUGGAGCUCGUCUUGAAGGACCCUUACUACUGGCCACAGGAAAAGUACCACAGAGUGUGCCAUUCUCCAGUGAGGAAGCUCUUCGUACCUACUACGAGAGCUUCGAGAGUGUAGUCGUCCUCGUUGAUGAGCGGAUGACGGACAAUGCCCGAAAUCUUGCUACCCCAUGGCGAAUGAAUGCUGUCUUUGUCGUCCAGAUGACUCCAGCCACCCCAGUAGCAGGAACCGAGGUCACAAAGCUGCUAGAUAUGGUCAACAUCAAUGCAGUUACCGCACUGGCAGGUCCACAGUCCUUGGUUCUGGUACAGAUUUCUGAGAAGUUCUACUUCUAUCGUGGCAUGGCCAACCAUAUCCAUCUUAACUCUGCCGAGUUGGAUUUUGGCGCGGAUGUCACAAGUUCAGUUGGGGAAACUGGACUAAAAUCCUUGCUAGAUGGUAGAGUCAAGAGACUGGUCAAUCUUAGUGAGCCCAACACAGUCCUGCUACCAUUCUCAGGAUCGAUGGUCGAGCCAAAGGAUCUGAGAGGCUUGUUCGACAGUCUCCCCCUUGAACAACUACAGACUUUACAGCAUGACGUAUCUGCAAUUGUCCCUCAGUUACAAGUCCUUCUUAGCCAGAAGGAUCUCAUGGAACUCUCGCGAGUGUUGAUAUCCUCUCUUUCCAGGAAGGUCAGUGACGGAACUGCUCCAUUGAGAACGGCAUACAUCAAAUUCUUGACCAAGGAAUAUGACUUGGCGGAUCCAGAGUCUGUCAAGCAGAAGAACGCUAUGCUAGGCGACCUCAGAAGAGAUAACAAGACCUUCCAAAAAAGCCUGGAGUCGAUCAUCACGCUCUUGAGCAAUAUGACGUCUUCCCAGACAUCUUCCAAGAGGACACAUGACCUACAAAGAUUACAGCGCCAGGCAGCCAUUCAGAACAAUGUCGAGGCUGUAAAGUCCAUGACAUUCGAGACUUUGGCAGAUUUGUUGGAGACAAAAGCUGCUGAUAUGGGAGUGAUGCUUUUGAAUAUCGAGACUUCGCGUUACCAGGAGCUAUUAGGAACUCUGAAGAGCAAUUCUCUGGAUGUUGAUACAUGUUGUGAUCUGGACUCGCGAGUUCUAUUUCUGGAAGGAUUCGAUGCAGGAAUUAUCAUGGAGCAAUCUCAGGCAAACCAUAAUGGGCCACUUACGCACCAGCUUGGACCGACACAUCCGAUUCUCGCUCUACCAUAUCUCUCUCAAGAACGCGGUACCGGCUCUAUGGUAGCAUGGGUAUGCUGGGACGAAUUUGUUAAUCUUAAAUCACCAUUCAAGGUUCGGUGGAUGGACAAAUGUAACGAAAGCCAUAUCGCCGCAUUGCGUAUCAUUAUGAGAGAUACUCUCAGUCAAGCCGUCUCGUCCAGAGAGCACAACAUGCAGCCUGGAAAUCCAGAGACCGGUCAACUCAUGAGUGCCCUGUUGAUGGCAGCAAUGAGCAAGCUUGCUGCCAUGAAGACCACUGCGCCAAUACGCACUAUCGACGCUGAGGAUACCAUCACAAAGCUGAUGCGUGGUCUGUUCGGUAACCUCCUUACCACCGCAGGCUCUGGGGUCCGUCCUUUGAGCAUGGUUUGGCAACUCUUUGGACAGGAGCCCAAAUUUGACAUCCCGUCAACGGGCGUCGCAUGGAGUUGGUACGAAUCCGUUGUCAGACUGUACCCCUUCAGCGGAUGGCCUCAACAACAAUUCAACCUGAACCUGGAGAGACUUCUUGAUAAAGUAAUCAUUGCUAUAGUCACGAAGAAUGAGUUGACAGAGAAUAUCAAGAGGUCUCGUGCCGACUGGAUGAUCAAGUAUUGCAAGCUUCGAAACAUCCAGCUUGUUCACUCGAGAACAUUCGUUACCAUCUUCAUCAAGAUGAUACAGAACGAUGCAAAUCUAGAAGCAAUCGCUAGCCGUCUUCUCGACGUCCUCCCUCCGAAGCUCGAGAAGCAAAGUCAGUCAUAUCAGAAGAUGAUGCGCUAUCUUCGACACAUUAUCUCCACAGGUACACGCCGCGAAGAAGACGAUAUCUUAGUGACAAGCGUCUAUCUCAAGCGCUCUGCUGUUUUCAAGGAGCUCAAGCAAGCCGUAGCGAAAGCCUGCCUCGAUAACGACAAUGCAGCUAUCAAAGAAUCGUGCUUGAAAGUGGUGGCCAAGUUCAAGGACAUUGCAGAUAGCUGGGACGUACCACAAGAAAAGGUUAUCAUGCAGAAUGUGAAGGCAUACCAGGGUUUGCUCGAUACCCACUGCGAUGAGAUGGACGGGAUGGAUGAAGCAAGCAAGACCAUUCGAAAAGGCUUUAUGCAGCAAGUCAUCAGCGAUGCAGAGAAGCAAAGAGUCCCCUGGCAGGUGGGCAAGAGAGGAGAAUUCGGCGACGAGAUUGAGCCUCUUGAUGAAGGAUUCGUGACCGAAAUUCUGACGGGUGAGAAGAGACCUGCGCUUGAGCUUGACCCUGACUCGGCAAGUGUUUCUGCAACCCAGGAAGUAGUAGCUCAACCCUUGGGAAUGAAGCAAUUCUCCGAAGUUGUAAGCGUGGACUUCAUUACGAAGAUGGACAAUCUAGUUACUCCAGAAGAUGUUUGUAAGAUGCUGAAUAUUCCUGUAUCUACAUUGCGGGUAUUCGCCUCCACGCUGAACCCAGAGUUUAAUUGGGAGCAAGACCUCAGCAGAAAUUUCAACGCAGCAGUCAUUGGUCUGCUGUCGGAUCGAAAGGAGAGACAAAAGCAACAACCAAUCCGGACACUCUUCGGUAUGGACACGAACACGCUGGAGGUUGCAUUGGGCGACGAGAAUCAGAUCGAGGCAGCAAAAUGA